ACUUCGCCGCCCAUGGUCUGCUGGUUUGUCAUCCGCAUCAUCGGCAUCAAAUUUAUUAUCGUCAGUCUGUCUGGUGAAGGAAGCAAAACAAAUUUUCUGCGAGUUUUUCUGGUAAAAUUGUGCAAAAAUGUCGACCGCAGUGGAACCAGCACGCGAAAAAGCAUUACAAGACUAUCGCAAAAAGUUGCUGGAGCACAAGGAAGUGGAAUCCCGGCUCAAGGAACUGAGGGAAUCCCUGAAAGAGCUGACCAAACAGUUUGAUAAAUCGGAGAAUGACCUGAAGGCACUGCAAAGCGUUGGGCAGAUCGUUGGAGAGGUGCUGAAACAGCUAACGGAGGACAAGUUCAUAGUUAAGGCCACCAAUGGGCCCCGAUACGUAGUUGGCUGCCGUCGCCAAUUGGACAAGACAAAGCUGAAGUCCGGAACUCGCGUUGCAUUGGACAUGACCACGUUGACGAUCAUGAGAUAUCUGCCCCGGGAGGUGGAUCCAUUAGUUUACAACAUGUCCCAUGAAGAUCCGGGAGAGGUGACAUACUCGGCCAUUGGAGGUUUGUCCGAGCAGAUCCGCGAGUUGCGUGAGGUCAUUGAAUUGCCUCUCCUCAAUCCGGAGUUGUUCCUGCGCGUGGGAAUUACCCCACCGAAAGGAUGUCUCCUUUACGGCCCACCUGGCACGGGUAAAACACUGCUGGCCCGAGCCGUUGCGUCCCAAUUGGAUGCCAACUUCCUGAAGGUGGUCUCGUCGGCUAUUGUCGACAAAUACAUCGGAGAAUCCGCUCGGCUGAUCCGAGAAAUGUUCAACUACGCCCGGGACCAUCAGCCGUGCAUUAUCUUCAUGGACGAAAUCGAUGCCAUCGGAGGGCGCCGUUUCUCCGAGGGAACCUCUGCGGAUCGUGAAAUUCAGCGCACUCUGAUGGAGCUGUUGAACCAGAUGGACGGCUUCGACUCGUUGGGGCAGGUCAAAAUGAUUAUGGCCACCAAUCGGCCGGAUACGUUGGAUCCCGCUCUGCUGCGUCCUGGACGUUUGGAUAGGAAAAUCGAAAUCCCACUGCCGAAUGAGCAAGCAAGAUUGGAAAUUCUGAAGAUUCACGCCGGUCCGAUAGCCAAGCACGGCGACAUCGAUUACGAAGCGGUUGUUAAGCUAUCCGACAACUUCAACGGAGCGGACUUGCGCAACGUGUGCACCGAAGCCGGAUUGUUUGCCAUUCGGGCCGAACGCGAGUACGUUAUUCAGGAGGACUUCAUGAAGGCCGUCCGGAAGGUGGCCGACAAUAAAAGACUGGAGAGCAAGCUGGACUACAAGCCGGUAUAAGCAGAAGCAGUGUUCAAACGUCAUCGCUUUGCGCAAGUAUAUUCAGUUUUUUUUUUCCUUUUACUUCAUAUAUAUUAUCCAAGUGUAACCAAUACUCUUAA